AUCCACAGCCUCAGCAAUCAGCUCCGUAAAAAGGGCGUAGAAAUGAUUGCCGAACCUGUCCUCGACCCAGCAUUCGGUCUCGUGUAUACGUUCAAAUCCGUCAAGCCAGGCAUGAAUAACAGUGACGUCGCUUACCGGUUAUAUUAUGCCGGAGAGGUGGCGAAGUGGAGUCCAACUCGUCGGAAGGCGAUAGAUAGGGCGACCGCGCGGCUUAAGAAGCAGGAGGAAGACAGAGCGAGGCGCGAAGCUAGUGGGAGUCUGAGUACGAGUGCGACGCCAAGUGACAAGGGGAAUUUGAGUGGGAGU